AUGAACCCGUACGAAGCUGACCCUGCAAAAAUUCCUCAAGAUGACCGAUACGCCGAUGUUCCCUUCUAUGGUCGGUACUUGCCUACACCAGAUGACUUUCAACCUGACCUAAAGCAUGCCAACUCGGCCUCGGAAGAUUCUAUAAAGUACUGGGCAUCGGUUCUUCAACUCUGCAAUACUUCGAAUAGGAUGUAUGAAGGUCUAGAGGGGGCCAGGGACGUAUUCGCUCUUGGUGCCGUCAUUGUCAAAUCAAGCCAUCUCCACGCCGAGCUCCAGGGCAGACGCGCAACCCGAGAUUUCUCAUAUGCAGAUGCAAACGAAAUCAAGGCAACUGCUCUGGCAAAGACAGUAUUGAAAGAUAUAAAAGUACCUACUAUCUACUUUGCAGAUAAGAUUGAUGGCAGAGAUGUCUUGGUACAGGAGAGGAUUGCUGGUGUGGGACUCAAUAUCGCAUGGCAAUACAUUUCUGCGGAACAAAAGCAAGACUUCAAAGACCAAGCACGCGACGUCUUGCGAAGCAUGGGUAACGCAUUACCUCCUACUCCAAGCACGACCCGAUCAUACAUUGUCGAGGAUUUAGAUCCGAAAACACACCGAGGCAUCCAGGAGCUUGAAUACAACCUGAUCUUCUCUGAAGAUAACAGUGAUCCAGAUCAUUCAUUUAUGCACAACGACUUUACUACAUCAAACUGUAUUGUCAAUGAUGACAAGAUUGUCGGGCUUGUUGACUGGGAAAUGGCAGGGUUCUUUGGAUGGAAGACAGCUGGCCAUGUACAUGUCCAUAUUCGAAGCCCUCGACGGGAUAACUUUGCAGCGCUGGAUUUACCCGAGGAUGUUCUCAACGACAUCCUCUUCUGGAAUGAUUUGUACGAAGUUUGA